AUGACGAUUUCGAUAAGAAUCGUCAAGAACUUCAUCAUUAAAACAAAAAGUGAUACAAUAACGGGAAGCAAACGGUUUGGUUGGACACAUCCAAAAUUUGGCAAACGAGUCAUUCAAUCAAUAAAAAAAUAUAAACUUUGGAUAGUUAUCACGAGUAUGAUAGUGACUAUAAUGGCACUAUCGCUUAAAAUUUUUGUUUCAAAACAAUCGACAAAAACGUCACCCGUACUGAAUGCUCAUUUAUCAUAUGAACAAACGUUGGCCUCUGCAACAUCGACAACUCCAUCAUUUUUCUUUACAAACAUCACAGAGACAGUAACAACAACUAAUAAUCAACUCUAUGUAAAACACUCACGGUUACUUUUAAAUCGAAAUAAUACCGGAGAAAAUGCAAAAAUUUUAGAACCACAAACUGAUGUAGUUCGAUUUAGAUAUACAUUUCUAGUUAUUACGGUCUCAAUUGCAUUUGUCGUAUCAUUAAUCAUUUAUAUAUUCUAUCGUUUUUUAAUUAAACAACAUGAAUUAGAACGUUUAUUUCAACAAAGAAGACCGAAAUCAAUCAACACAGUUCUAGAUUUAAAUAUCUCCAGUACAAGAUCUAACAGAGAUUUUUUUGAAAUUCUACCAUAA